AGAUGCAGUACGUGCUGUGCGGAGUUCGCGUACACUGUGAACGACAUUGAACUUAUCUCUUGAGCUCAUUGAAACACACUGGCAGGAGUCCACACUAGAUGCAUAGUCGCAUAACUGCUUUCAAAGUGGGCUGGUGGCGAAUUGGAAGGAGUGUGUGUGUACAUAGAUCUGUGACUAUAGUUACUGAUAAUACACCGCUGUUGUGUGUUUUUCGCAAUGUCUUUCCUGGUAGAUAAAGAACUAGUAAUCGUGUUUAGCUUGUGUUUUCUGUCACGAUCGGUUUGAUAAAUACCCGAGGUCUAACCGAGGAAGUGUUCACGUGACAAGGAAAUAGGACAACGGACCUGUGCGCGAGAAAGUCAGGGAAGAAACAGUCCACGACAAUGUUUCGUAUAAUAGUCUGAUUCACACAACUUGGCGGAAGAGAGGAUGGGCCCUUUUGAAGUAACGGAAUCAGGGGUAAUUUGAAGAGGUGGGCGAUACCUGUCGCGUUGAUUAUGAUCGGAUCGUCAGCUGAGUGACGGAAAGCAUGGCGAUUUAAGAGAUUUCCACAACGUUGAUUUGUUCAAAAAGUUAAUCGCAGCCCAAGCCUGGACUAAUUGUGAAAUGGAAGUGAUGUUAUAAUCAUCCGUGGACUUAACGGUCCAGUACACACGCCGGUGUUUGUCACGUGAUACAAUCUUACAACCACCGUUCAUAAUCCCGUCUGCUCAAUCGAUACGCAGACGAUAUCCCAACCAGCUGUGAUCCACGCUGUGUAAGCAGACGACACAUAUACCAAUGUCGUAUUCAGUGGAUAUGAGGCCAAUUUGACUUCGGUGAACGCCGAUUAGUGGCCAGUGAAUUUCUUUUACAUGAAACGUGUGAGUUGUUGUUGGACACCCCAGCGUGGCCCCUGUCAAACGAUGACUGGCUUUACCGAGAUAUUUGCGGACAAAUUACACAGACGAUGCUUCUGUCCACUGUGUCGUCUGCCUAUGAGAGACCCAGUAUUCAUUAGCUCUUGCGGACACCGAUUUUGUGAUGUUUGCCUUCAAACCUUUCUAAGUGCCGGUAACAUCAAGUGCCCUGAUGAUGACACAACUAUAGAUUAUGCAAAGAUCUACCCCGACCAGGAGCUGCAGUCAGAGAUCAUGAACACACACAUCCGAUGUCGCCACCACAAGGAAGGCUGUCGCUGGGUGGACAAGUUGCAGAACCUGCAGGGUCAUCUCCACAACUGCCGCUAUGACGCUGUCCCGUGUCCCAACAGGUGCCCUGCCAAGUUGUCCCGUGUAUGCCUUGACGACCACUUGGAGUUCACCUGCCCCAAGAGGCAUGUCACCUGCGACUUCUGUAGUCAGGACUUUGCAGGGGAAUACUUUGAGAUGACCCACUCAGGAAACUGUCCAAAGGAAGUGACGUAUUGUGAAAACAAGUGUGGUGCUAAGUUAGAGAGGCGUUUCCUCAACAACCACAUGAAGAACGAGUGCCACAAACGUACCGUCAGCUGCAAGUUCUGUCAGCGGGAAUUUGUACAGGAGACGUUACAGACCCAUCAGUACCAGUGCCCACGGUACCCAGUCCCCUGCCCAAACCGAUGUGAUCCAACAAAAAUACCUCGGGAGGAGAUGGACGUCCAUGUCCAGGAGAUCUGUCCCUCUGCCACGGUGCCAUGUCCAUUCAAAGACGCAGGCUGCAGGUUCAAGUGUCCUCGGUUCAGCAUGGACCGCCAUCUUGAAGACUCCAUGAAGAUCCAUCUCCAGUUCAUGUGUGACCUUGUCAAGAGGCAGCAAGGUCAAAUCUCCCAACUGUGCAAUGCUCUCCAUGCGGUAACGCAGGUCACAGACGGAACGUUCAUGUGGAAGAUCACCAACUACAAAGCCAAAUACAUUGAAGCUAUUUACAAGAACGGGAAGGAGAUUGUCAGCCAACCCUUCUAUACAUCUCGCUACGGCUACAAGGCAGCGCUGUCUGUGUUCCUGAAUGGUAACGGCGCUGGUGAAGGCAAAUAUCUGUCUGUGUAUAUAAAACUUCUGCCUGGAGAGUACGACAAUAUUCUCGACUGGCCGUUCUUGUUACCAGUGUCCUUCACAAUUUUCGACCAGUGUAGCGAUCCGGAUAUGAGAAUGAACAUUACAGAGAGCUUCGUACCAGAUCCAACAUGGAAGCACUUCCAGAAACCCAGCAAGGACAUUGAAUCUCUAGGAUUUGGCUACCCAAAGUUUGUGUCACAUGAGAUCUUGAAAUCCAGGGAUUAUAUCAAAGACGACUCGAUCAUUGUGAAAGUCUGUGUCGACAACAAGAGGUUCAUCUUGCCGUGAGCAGGACACCAUAGUCAAUCUGUGCCAUCAUUUACAUAUUUAUUAAAUGUGACUUUAAUCAUAACACUCAGUGCUGGGACGUGUCUCGUGUGUUUGUUGAUAACUGUGUAUAACUUGGAUAGUCAGAAACAAUAUAUUGAAUAGGGGACAAAAAUAUAUGCAUAUUGUGUCCAACCUUUGGAUGAAUUCAGAUGAUAUGGAAAGUUGUGUCUCACAAUAAUGUAGCAAUUUGUGAAAAAAAGAUUCUUGUCAGACUUGCGCAAAGUGACGUUAGUUCAAGAUUCCUGAAUUUUAAAUGUAGACUUCCAACAGCAGUAAUAUGGUUUUGUGAUAGUGGGCAUUUGGCAUAACUCAAAAUUUUGUUUUAUAUCAAUUUGUGCCUCUAUUUUUCUCUUUCAGUGCUUUAUCUUACAAUUUAAAUAUGACAUUUAAACUUUGCUGUCUUAAAAAUGCAUUUUGAGGUAGGCGAUUGACUUCAGUGUACAAGCAGAGUAAAGGAUGUUAUAUAAAGAUCGUCCAUACUCCUCGAUCCCGGACUACAGUGAAUUAUUUAUUCAUAAAUAUUUUUUAAAAUAUUUGACAUAAUUAGUAACAUUUUUUUUAAUUCAGUAUUUUAGCCAGUUUACAUUUAGCAGAGAUUUUAGGCUGACAGGCCAGUGAUACUAUACAUAGGGGUAUCCAUUCGAGUCCACGG